AUGCUGUCGUCCGUCUCGAAACGUCUAUUCUCCAGUUCGGCGCAAGUUUCCUCAACGGCAGGUCAGUAAACACGCUCAAACAAUGCAUUUUUGUUGAAUUAUUCAAGAAAUGCGCAAUUUUUUUCAAUUGCCACCACAAUACGACUAUCGGCAGUGGUUUCCGAUGCACAUGUCCGUGCAGCUGAAGAGAAUGGAGGGGAAACUGCGAUCUGUCGAUUUGGUCAUCGAGGUUUGGAGCUCGGCCUAAAUUUUAUCGAAAAUGCAAUAUAUUCAAGCAGUUUACAUGUUGAAACAGCGAUAAUGCUCGAAAAAAAAUCACUAAAAAAAAAAAUGAAUUUUCAGUCCACAACCGGUUUUCUGAAAAAGUUCAAAUUUUAGACGAAACAGCCCUCUAGAGGCAAUUUCUGAGCCCAUCUUGCAGGAAAACACGAAAUUCACGAAUUUUUCAAAUUCUCAGGUCCACGACGCUCGGAUUCCGAUCACCGGCCGAAAUGAGCAGUUUUUCCGCAGUCUCUACGCCGUCCGCCCGCACAUUUUGGUGCUGAACAAGUGCGAUUUGAUUGAUAUGCGCCAGUACAGGUACUCACUUUUUCACUGCAAUGAAAAUAGAGAUUUUCAGGCAGAAAAUCGAAGACUACUAUUACGAUAAGGGCGUCCGGAAAGUGUUGUUCACCGAUUGCAAAAAGAGACUUCCCAGGUUGGGUUCUAGCGAUUUUACAUAAAAAUUGCGCGAAAAAUAGACUCCGUGCACCCCGCUAGUCGACUACAUAUGGAUUUUUAAGCUUUUGAAUGUUUUUUGAACCCUACUCUCUCAAAUUCUUCCAAUUUCAGUCCGUAAUUCUUGGUUUUUUCGGGCGCUGAACGACGUGAAAUCGGCAAUGCUGGAGGCGCUCGAGUCGACGCCGCGCUUCAAUCGAACCGUCAAAACAGAGUACCAGGCGAUGGUGGUCGGCAUUCCGAACGUCGGAAAGUCGUCGUUGAUCAACGCGAUGCGCACGCACACGCUCGGCAUCAAGAAGAAGGCGGUGGAGGCGGGAGCGAGGCCCGGAGUGACGGUCCGCGUGCAGAAUCGGGUCAGGAUCAUGGACAAACCGCCCGUUUAUGUGAUCGACACGCCCGGAGUACUCUCGCCGAAACAUCGGAACGUGCAGGACGCGAUGAAGUUGGCCAUGUGCGAUUUGGUCCUUGAAUCCCAUGUGAACAUGUACUAUCUCGCCGAUUUUCUCCUUUUCUGGCUCAAUCACACCGGCGAUUAUUCGUAUUUGGAACUGCUGAAUUUGAAGGGCGAAGAGGCCCCGAUCGAUGAUAUUCAGGUCAGAGCUUGUUUCCGGAAAACGGAAUUAAAGAAAUGACGCUACAAUGGAAUAGAGCUCAAUUUCCCUGGGUUUUUUCUUCUUCUCAGUUCUAUUUCGUUGUAGCGCCUUUUUUGCUGUCGAUUCACAAACUAUCCGAACAACUGUAAUUCAGGUGAUUCUGGCGAAGACGUGCGAGGCGAACGACUUCCGCGUCGAGCGAAUCGUCGGCGAACGAUGGGACUUUGAUCGGGCCGCCAAACACUUUGUACAACUGUUCCGCAACAAGAAAUUCAACGAUUCGUGCCUCGACAAGGACGUUUUAAUGUUUAGGAGUUGA